CUCAAUAUUAGGUCAUGCCCUAAUCAGACUUCGGCUUACAGAGUUAGAAAGAGAGAAAGAGAGAGACAAAAAGAAAACCGCCGAUAAGACCCCGUCUUCGCCGCUACUCCGCCUCCGCUUCGAUCUGGAUUGAAUUAGAGAGAUAAAACGAUGGAUCCGAUGGAUAUAGUUGGAAAAUCUAAGGAAGAUGCUUCGCUACCAAAAGCUACAAUGACUAAAAUUAUAAAAGAGAUGUUACCAGCGGAUGUUCGUGUUGCUAGAGAUGCGCAAGAUCUUCUCAUCGAGUGUUGUGUAGAGUUUAUAAAUCUGAUAUCGUCAGAGUCUAAUGAAGUGUGUAACAAAGAGGAUAAACGAACAAUCGCGCCUGAGCAUGUGCUCAAAGCGCUUCAGGUUCUUGGCUUUGGGGAAUACGUUGAAGAAGUCUACGCUGCUUAUGAGCAACAUAAAUACGAAACCAUGCAAGAUUCACAGAGGAGUGUGAAGAUGAACAGCGGAGCAGAGAUGACGGAGGAGGAAGCAGCGGCGGAACAGCAGAGAAUGUUUGCCGAAGCUCGAGCGAGAAUGAAUGGUGGUGUUUCUAUUCCUCAACCAGAUCAAGAACAACAAGUAGAUGAUAAUACCCAACAGUCGAAUCUACAAAGCUAAUCAAGAAGAAAGGGAGAAUCCUUUGUUUUUAACAUUAUCAUUUUGACUUCAUUUUUCUAGCGUUUCUUUGUAAAGUGCCAAAAAAAAAACAUGGUCCGUCUUGGUGUUGAUAUGCUUUCCACAUUUUAACUUAGAUUUGUUUUUUUUUUCUCUUUUGAAUUUAAAAUCACUUGUGAUUCAGAUGUAAUUAGUAAGCAUUGCCUUGUUUUUUGCAACUGUCAGAUCCAGAUCCUUGUGUUUAUAAGUUGAUUGUUCUAAAUU